GCAUUGUUCAUGUCUAGAAUAUUUGGACAUGAAUGAAUCUAGACGUAGAUGGCUGGCUAUGCCUGCAUAGGUGCUUUGUGACUCUGUGCUGUUUGAUUGGCUGAUUCGACCAGCUGUGAUCCUCCUCGAUUGGACCUGGGAUCCUGCGUUCUAUUCGGGGGACCUGGUCAGUGGCAGCUGUCAAUGGCCCCUUCGCAUAAGCCGGGGAAUCAACACUGGAAGGGGAAAAAUCAUCGUCAUCAUGAUCAGCAGCAGCAGCAGCUAUCACAGCAGGAGCUGCAGAUCUCCUCUCAUCCAGUCAAUCCAUUUGAGACAGGGAUUGGAUGUGACCAGUACGGCUUGUUAGAGAUCGACCGGGCUCUCCGGAGACGGGGUGACUUCGCGAGGGCCUGCCACGAACUGGCACUUGUUCUGCGCACGGCCUAUGACCUUCUGAGCAAAUCUGCGCAAGCGGCUGUGUUCCAGGACGUGCUGACAGCGUUUCAGCAGCUUCCUCAGUCUGGUGGGAGCCGUCAGAAAGCAGCGGCGGUUGUCUUGCUCCGAGCCGCUCAAGCUGUAUUGCCAAAGCAGAGGAAAAUGACUGCAGUUUCUGAGUUCAGAAGAACAUCGCUCGCAAACCAUCGAACCUCGAAACGAGAGAAGCAAUCGGAUAACAAACAUGACGAUAACGACUCCGAUGAUAGCGAUGCCGACAUCUUGGAGAUGAGCCAUCUUCCCAUGGAUGUGGUUGCCCAUGUGCUGGACUAUCUCGAUCCUCCGUCGCUGGUGGCUGUGUCAGCAGUCUGCAGAUCUUUCUGCGAGCUGUCGGCAUCAAAUGAAGAGCUUUGGGAAGCGCACUUCACAGCUCUGUUUGGUGUAGAGGCGGCAGCGGAAGCUAUUGAACGAGUGCGAAGGGGGCAUAAGGAGGGCGGAAGCGGGGAAGAGCGGGGUGGGCGUAUGCUCGAUCCCGGUUCCCGAGGACUACCGGUAGUCGACAGAAGGGCUCAGUGGCGCAGGGCUUUUGAACGUGCGGCUUGUCGAGGAGACCGAGCAAGUUUCCUGUCGUCUAAUCGUGCGUAUUGCACAACAUGCAACCGUCUGCUUUGGAUCUCCUCUCCAAAACUACGGUAUGCUAGCGCUUCUGCAGAUAACAGAGAUGAUGCUCUCACUUCGAAGCUGCAGACAGCAGUUCACGAUGGCCACUGCCUUGUCCGCUCUCGUGGCAAGGAGCCUCUUCAGCACGCCCUCUAUCCACUAUCCCCUGAGGAGGUGGUUCUUUUCUUGAAGGAUGGCUGCAUUCCAAUGUCUGAGUUGCUGAGUGACAGCGACUCCGAUGACGAGCACGGGUCCGCCUUCAGGUUAUGGGCUCCUCCGUCCAUUCGCUAGGGCAACAGCAUUCCCUUUGAACUGUUGCAGUAGCUCAAGCUACUUCACCUCUCUUACCAACGAUAUUGAAAGCUCCUUUUUUGAGCGAUGUUUUUUUGCCCUGAGUGUGGUGCCUGUAACUUUGUAUGUGUUUCCUCUGUGCAAAAAAAAAUAUUUCUUCUUAUUGCUAUUAUUCCCUGAGGGAUUCUUUUUCGCCCUCAAGCUACUUCGUCAGAAGUACGUACAUUCGGCAUGUUAUUACCCUCUGACACAGAACGCUGAUCCCAACUCCCCGCAGAGAGACCAUUCCUGACGUCAGUCUCGCCCGAGGUCUGAGGACUUAGUCUUUCUGAGCUCUGGUGUCCGCUAUGCUUCUUACUCGAUCUUAGCAUUAUAGCAUGAAGACUGUCGGUCUCACCAGAGGUCUGAGGACUUAGUCUUUCUGAGCUCUGUUGUCAAGUCUUUCUGAGCUCUGGUGUCCGCUAUGCUUCUUACUAGAUCUUAGCAUUAUAGCAUGAAGACUGUCGGUCCCACUGUGCGCCGAGGGUUGCACUCAUCCGUAGUCGCGAGAAUUUAUGUUGGUGUUAGAUUGUGCGAACAUACCAUAAAAAUGGGAUGGAGGAGACAAGGAAAUGAGAAUGACUGAUGACUGCCGGACUGUGCAGACUUACCAUAAGGGUGGGACAGAGAACGACAAUGAUAUGGAGCAGAGGCUUGCACUCUCCGCAGUCAUGAAAAUGAUUAGCCUUAGCGUGAACGCAGUCGGUCCAACUGUGCGCAGAAGCUUGCACUCGGCCGUAGUCAUGAGCAUUCAUAUGUGCGAUGUUAGAUUGCGCUAACUUACCAUAAGAGAGUGGGGUGGAGGAGACAAGGAAAUGAGAAUGACCGCCGGACUGUGCGGAUUUACCAUAAGGGUGGGACAGAGAACAGCAAGAUAUGGUGCAGAAGAGCAGCAGCGGUGGUGCCAGGUUGUCAGACCGGCGGUCAAUGGUGGGGGGGCAGGUAUGUCAAAUGAACGGCAGGACCGAUC